CUCGGUCCCAGCACAGAUGGCACGUGACAUGAAUUGCCUUAGAGCAUAAAAUGAUUCAAUUUUUUUUUAAUUACUCUUGAGUCUUGGACUAUGCGCCACAAACUACCGAAAAUAUCAACGAUCACUUCAAGAUUAAUCUCAAUAAAGAGUCGUUUACUGUUAAGAGCAGCCACCGUUACCGUCACCGGGCCUGUUUUCUGGCAGGUGACGAAGGGAGGGGCAGAGGGCGCGGGGCACGGGGUCUACCCGCGCUGCCUGAUGACGACAUCUAAACGCGCCAGGGUGAAGUUUUCCUUGGUCAUUGUUUCAGCGGCUGGGCUGAAACUCGAGCCGCUUCGCUGCCUCUUUGUGUUCACUGCGCGUCCAACGGCAGUGCUUGUGCAGUAACAAGCGCAGGGUUAGCGUGCGUUUGCGGGGGAAAUGGAGCCUCUCGGCGAAGUAGGCCAGAGCGGCUCGGAGGAAAGGAGCACCAUUUCGGCGUCCAAAAGGAGGGCUGAAAUUCGGAGGCGAAAACUGCUGAUGAAUUCCGAAGACAGAAUGAACCGAAUUAUGGGUUUCAGUGGAGGGAACAAAGAGGAUGGAGACGCCGCAACUAAAGGACAUGCGUUAGAACCCAGGCUGCAUAUUGACUUGGACAGAACUGAUGCUUGGUCCACAGCAGUCCCUUCAAAAAGACUUCCUCAGUUCCCCAGCGACGGUGGAGGCAGCAGCAUCCGCCUCAGCGAGGGCCUGGAGAUGAAAGGCCCUCUUCCCACAGAGAAGCGGGACAUACAGGGCGGUGGCAUAGAGGACGAGGGCCCAGGAGAGCUCAGACAGCGGCCGCGGGGGGAGCUGCCUGCAGAUGGGCUUUCACGCUCCCCACGUAGGGGGCUGCAGCAGUACCUCUCCCGCUUUGAUGAAGCCAUGAAGCUGCGUGACCAUCUGUCUAGUGAGAAGCCCACCCAAGAGAGCAGCUCGGGCCCUGAGGAGCUGGAGGCCUUCCGUCUCUUCCGGCUUGUUGGCUGUGUUGUUUUGGCCGUUGUUGUCAGAGUGUUUGUCUGCAAGUACUUGUCUAUAUUUGCUCCAUUUCUUACUCUCCAGCUGGCCUAUAUGGGCUUAUACAAAUACUUUCCAAAGAGUGAGAAGAAGACAAAGACCACAGUGCUGACCGCAGCCCUUCUGCUCUCAGGAAUACCAGCAGAAGUCAUCAACCGCUCUAUGGACACUUACAGGAAAAUGGGCGAUGUCUUCACAGACCUCUGCGUUUACUUCUUCACAUUCAUUGUAAGCCACGAGCUGCUGGUUCUGUUUGGCUCCGAAGUUCCUUGAUGGAGACCUUGUGUGGCAUCGGUCCUCAGAUUCUCCCCAACGUCUACUUGUUGUACUCCUCAGCUCCCAUCCAGGUCCCAUGUGUGUUUCCAUGACUGUCUCCUGGGUUUUUCAUAAAUUUAGCCCUGUUUGGGAUAAUUUAAACUGCAGCAAAAUACUUGUUGUUGCUUCCUUUUUUUUUUUUUUUAGCUGCUAUACAGGUCGUUCAAGUGGACCCAUUUGUUUCUGUGAAAUAAAAUUUUUUCUUUGCUAAAUCUGUUUGAUGGACUGAUGCUCUGCAUCACCUAAUUUUGUGAAAAGUUUCUUUUGAAUGGACAAAGCUGGACAACAUUACAAACAUUCGUAAGAUAUAAGCUUCUACUGAGAUAAACCUAUUUACGCUGUAGCAUGUGCUACUAGAGUAUUUCUGAGAAAGGAGGUGUAGGGCCUUAUUUAUAUUUUGCAGUUUCGUCUAAGUGCAAAAU